AUGGCUCGCCGUACAAGACGCAAUAAACGUGCUCGUCGCUCAUUUCCUUUUUUGCGCCUCCCAUUCGACUUACAACUAUCUGUUCUUGGGUCAAUGGACUUCCAAUCUCUGUACGACUCCAUCAACGCAAGUCCUCUUAUCGAAGGUUUGUUUCUCAAAUACCCCGAGACUAUCUUGCGGGACAUCAUAGGCCAGCACCCUCAGCAAAUCCAAAAUCACAUCCUCACUGCGUUAACCCUCAAUGGCACUAAAAUCCUCCGUUCCGACAACCUGGGUACGUUUCUUGCGGACAGUCUAGAUGCGAAUAAGUCACGACAGGUCCUGUGUGGGAUUGACGACCCCCUUGCGGUUCUCGACGAGCUUCGUACCAACCAAAGCCAGAUUGGCCAGGCCGUACACUUAAUCGCAACUGCGACAUAUCAAAGCGCCGGCGCGAUCAACAAUCCAGGGGCUAUUUUAGAGCCUCUCAUCCUGUCGACACCGGAACGUCUUCGAAUUUCCCGCGCACUCUGGACACUGCGGCUUUUUGACCGACCCUGUCUCGAAGAGGAUCCAGCCAAGCCCUUUACCAGCGGAUUGGUGCAGAGAAGGAUCACAGUUGAGGAAGCAACCCGCCAGUUCCUCCUCCGCUUGUCGUUAUCAGAGGUGGACGAACUCACGUGUGUCCACCGCUUUCUGAUGGCUCGACAUGACCAUCUCUGCCAUGACGUCUUUCAGGUGAGUUCUUCAAGGUAUCUAACGGAACAGGAGCGGACCACGAGCAACCCAUUCCGUGCAUGUGGAGGAAACCAGUGCUUCUUCCCACGACGCGCGUUAAAGCUCGGGUAUGUCCUCGAGCCGUUCAGGCAAGCUCUCAGGAAAGUCCUCGGCAGUCGCCAUUUCCAGACCAGCACCGACUUUGGGGCAUCGCCUCAGAUAUUUCUACGGCAUACAACUCGGGUGUGGCCUGAUUGGCCUGAGGGAAGCUCUCCCGGCUCAGGAUGGACGUAUUUCGAUGCUGUGCGGGCUCAGCAUGACCUCACCAGAACCCAAUAUUGGAACUUCUUCCAAGAUGCCGGGAUCUUCUUCUGGGACCUUCGCCGGCUCUUGGAGUGGGGGUUUGUGGGCCGUUGGGAUGGCCCGGACGGCAUGAAAGGCUACCUGAAAGAGCGUGAUCGCCAGCAGCGUAUCAACCACUCCUACCGGGAGAGACAGAUACGCCAUGCACUCAAAGUUGAUCAGGACUUGAUCAAUUGGACCAGAUGUGCAAUCCCUUGCACCUUCUACGAAUGGCAGUCACAGGGUACAAUUGUCGGUUGGUACUCUAAUCUGGUGGCGACGCCGUACUGGUCUGUUGAACGUCGGGAGUCUGACUUCAAGGUAAGACAACGGAAUUUAGAAAGGCAAUAUGAAUUCUGA